AAUAAUCUGGAGGUUCAACAACUGCUACAGAUUUCUGGGAUCGAACAGGAACUAGACAAUCACCAUGCUACAAUAACACACACAUACAUGCGUCAUACGCGUAAGAAGUCAUGGCGCCUUCUCGUGGGGAGGUUUGCUACCAUGAGAAUGGCGAAGGUGUUGUUAUUUUUGAUGGCCGUAUCUUGCACACUAACAUUUGUGAUAGCCAUAUUUCAAAGAGUGCAUCCAAAACUACAACCCACCGUUACACUCAUCGAUAUUAGCCCGGAACAGACCACUUUCCAAAGUACUGAACUACCCUUACUUGAUAAUGGCGAGAUCGACUCUCGAUACAUGGCGACUGUUGGUAACGGUCACGCUGCUACAACAGUUUACAGUGAUACUGUCUAUGUAAACGGAAUUUACAAUGGGGUAAUGGGCGAUAGUCACCGUGCUCGCAUCCCUUCCCAGAACUCCAUCCGAGUAAAGUUUUCAGAAGAUAUUGAAGCACAAAUAAAGAGGAAAUAUACGUUAGAUGUUGGAAAAGGUGUUUGGCGUGAAGUGAUGAAUCACGACGACUUCACUGUUACCCUUCGCAUCUAUGCACAUCAGUAUUUCAGUCGCGUACUCGUGACUCAAAUAGAAUUCACUAAAAGGGGUAAAUACGUUGGUGAUAUUACUAUGACACUUGAGAAAAAUGAAGGCGUACCGAGCGAAGAUAUUAAUUUCAGCGAGCCAAGGAGGUACCCAAACGUGUCGGUUGACGCUUGGGAAAUGCACGGUACUACCAACGAACCGGAAUUAGAUGGCGGUGAUCAAACACCAGUGUAUAUGUACUACACACAUGUACCGGAGAGCAUCACGGUAAUGGAGGAUGACGACGAAGAUUACAUGUGGACAUAUGUGUGUUCAAUUGACUGGAAUAAUACUGUAGCAAUGAGGGAUUUCGUUGACGUCGUUCAGCUUAUCUAUCGUAGUGACUCUAGUGGGUUGACAGGUGGCAUGGUUUUACUUGAAUUUCACACUGAGAGAUGGGAGAAGAUUUGGGAAAACGGACGUAUCGAGGUUGACAAUCUCAUGCUAGGUAAACGUAUCUACGGGUCCCUCUACUAUAUUCUCAGUUCGCUCCCCGCUUCUGAAUCUACACACCAACCACCAAACCAGUUCUUCGGUCUCAGUCCAGGCGGUUUAGCGAACGGAGCGUUUGAGACUGACUAUCAGGGACAUAGUUUCUGGGAUACUGAAACAUGGAUGUAUCCACCAGUUUUGAUGUUUCGUCCAGAUAUAGCGAAGAAUAUUUUGUCGUAUCGCUGGCAUGGUAGAGACACCGCCGAAAAGAGAGCUGAACUUAAUGGUCACCUGGGAACACGUUACCCCUGGGAAUCCGCUUACACUGGUGCCGAAGUGACGCCGGACUGCUGCAUAACGACCAGAGAAAAUCAACAACAUAUCACCAGUGACAUUGCGUUUGCAGCUAGACAGUACUUUUCAGCUACCAGAGAUAUGGAUUGGGUCCAUGAUUGGGGUCGAAAUUUCGUCUACGAAAUGGCAAAUUUUUGGCAAAGUCGUGUGACAUUCAAUGAUCAAUACAAGGCGUAUGAAAUACUUGGCGUCAUGUCACCAGAUGAGUACGCUGAGGACGUGGACAAUUCUAUCUAUACUAAUGUCGCAGCAAGCCUAGCUAUCUGGUUUUCUGACUAUCUCGAAUGCAUGGCAGGUCACGAGGAGGGUUUACCUAGGGACUGGACUGAAAAAGCUAGAACGCUGAUAGAAAUAGUGGACACUGUUAAUGAGUACCACCCAGAGCACGCUACGUAUACUAUUGGGACAAUAGUCAAACAGGCUGACGUCAUUCUUCUCGGCUUCCCACUGAUGUGGGACGCGAAACCAGGAAUGAGACAGAACGAUUUAGAAAUAUACGAAGACGUCACCGAUCCCAAUGGCCCCGCUAUGACUUGGGGAAUGUUUGCUGUUGGUCAUUUGGAGUUAGGAAACUACGAACGGGCAGCUGAAUUAUUCGAGCGCAGUUACAGUCCUUACGUCAAAGAGCCAUUCAAGAUAUGGACGGAAGCGCAAUCAGGAAUUGGGGCUGUCAAUUUCAUCACCGGCAUGGGUGGAUUUCUACAGGCGGUUCUUUUCGGUUACGGUGGUUUUAGGCUCCAUACUGACCGUUUAGACUUCGCGCCGCAACUGCCGCCAGAUACAACUACGGUCAAUUACAGGCAACUCAAAUAUUUAGGAUCUGUAUUCGAUUUCGCUUUCGAUUAUUCAACAAUUUAUAUCACAGUGCAUGACGUCACCACCGAACACGAGAUAAAAGUAAAGACGAGCGACAUUUUGGAAACUUUCGUUGCAG